AAACAGAUCAUGUCUUUCUUAAAAUAUUCUGAAUGGUUGAAAGUAGAAUUGCAAAAGGGCAACAUAGCCUUUUAUGAGUAUUCUUUGUUUGAAAAUGUUAUCAAAGAUAUUGGAAAAGAUACAAUAUCAGAAGAAACAAUUGCCGAAACGUCUAUUAUAAAUCGUAAUCGACGACCCUUACCUAUUUUAACCAGGAACGUUCCACAUACUUUAUCUGUUGGACCAUCUGCAAAAGUUGAAAAUAGUCUUCCCUGGUGA